UGAUAAUGUAGCAUCGAAAGAGUCUAGUUUUCUAAAUUUACUUAUUAUAUGAAAUUACCUAUAAUGAAAAAAUACGGAAUUUCAUAGAUAUGGACAAAAUUAAAUCUCAGUCCUUAAAUUCUACAUUAUUUGCUGUUUAAUGUUCGAGUUAAGCAAAUAUUAAUAAAUCUGUGCAAUAAAACUCAACAAGUCUUAAUAGGCUUUCAUUUCACUGUGAAAAAGUUUCAUCGUGAAUCAGUUUUCUUCGUGCUGUGUGAAUCUUAUAAGCAACAAUUUAUUUUUAAAAAAACACAAAAUGUCAGCGACAACGGAAUUAAAUUUAAUCGAGGACAUUGCGAAAGAUUAUGCUCCUUAUUUGAAAAUGGAUUUAUCAAAAAAGACAAAAAAUAUUCAUGACGCAGUAGAGGAUAUGCAGAUGCGUUUAGAAGAAUUUGAAUCUAUUAUUAGAAUGAUUCAAUCGGAAAAUGAGAAAUGCACUAAUCAGUAUAUUCCUACUUUUCGGAUGAUGUGUCCGAAAAUAAUAGAACUUUGCAAGAAAGUCGAUCUUCUUGAACGCAUUGUACUCCGUAUAAAUUAUGAUUUAACGGAUUUAGAAAAAGAUUUUGAGAAUGCUGAAAUUUAUCUCGGAUCUGCCGAAAAAAGAUUUACGAUUUUAAAUCCUUUGACGUUUUUCAAAAAGUCUGGAGAACCGGUAGCGCCUCAACGAAUUCCAACUGAGUUUCAUCCUUCAAGAAUUUUCCAAACGGACGAGUUUUUUGAAAGCCAAUGAUGAGAAAAGAGGCUUGUCGAAUCUCAUUAAACUGGAUGUUGUACUAUUUACAUCCUUAACCAGGCACAAUAUUGGUUGAUAACGGUAUCACGACGAGGACGCUGAAAUAUUUGUCAAUAUUCUUUUGUUUGGAUAAAUAUUGGGCAAAUUUAUCUCACUGCAAGUGAGGGGAAUGGUUUCUCAACUUCAAGUUAUCAAAACAUACAUUUAAACGCCAGUUAAGACAAUUAUAAAUUGUAAUUCUGUAAUCACAUUAUUUGUCAAAAAGUAUAGUACAUAUUUUACCAAUUAAAUAAAUAUAUUUUUGAUUCGCGAGUGAGUUAAGUGUUCAAAGUGUAAGUGAUUUUUUUUA